GAAAACACCACUUUUGGUCAACGUUUACCCUCGACCCUCGGGUAAACCAAGCAUUGUCUUUUAAUGUUGAUAAUAGGAACGGGGUGGCUAACGUCAUUUUUCUAUCUUCAGAUGUUCGUCCGCUCUUCACCUGGUGCUGGAGGGAUGUGUGGGUUGGAAGUGUUAGGACACAUCUAGUCCACCUCUGCUCAGAGAGAACACAUCUAGUCCACCUCUGCUCAGAGAGAACACAUCUAGUCCACCUCUGCUCAGAGAGAACACAUCUAGUCCACCUCUGCUCAGAGAGAACACAUCUAGUCCACCUCUGCUCAGAGAGAACACAUCUAGUCCACCUCUGCUCAGAGAGAACACAUCUAGUCCACCUCUGCUCAGAGAGAACACAUCUAGUCCACCUCUUCUCAGAGAGAACACAUCUAGUCCACCUCUUCUCAGAGAGAACAUAGCACUGUGUCUUCCACACACUGCCUGCCUGGGGAGACCAGCCACCACAUCCUCAGAGCAUUGGAUGCAGCUGGGUCAAAACCAGAGGAGAAGAGAGAAUGGCUUUCUGUGGUGCUGUGAGGAUGAGAGGAUAACUGGGCCAAGCACUGAGGGCCCUGAGGUGGACAGGCACAGUUGAAGCAGCAGGCCAGGGUUGAGCCAGGCAGGCAGUGGGCACCCACCGUCCAGGGACCAGGAGCCACCAUUUCUCGAGUGGUGUGGCCGGCGCGGAGGAGGGGUGCCGUGCGGAGGCUGGAGGCACUCUGGAUGAUGACCAGCCUGUUCCGCCGCCGCAACAGUGGUAACCAUGGUGAUGUGGCAUCACACAACGACAGCCCAGUCCCAGCUGAACUCAACAACGGUAAUCCCAGUGGGGGUGGGCGAACGGUGCGGCGUCUGGAGUUCAACCAGGCUAUGGAGGACUUCAGGACUAUGUUCCCCAACAUGGAGCAGGAGGUGAUAGAGUGUGUGCUGCGGGCCAACCACGGAGCCGUGGACUCCACUAUCGACCAGCUGCUCCAGAUUAGCCUGGAAGGACACGGCUCUGAUGACGGCUCCGACUCAGAGGACAGCAUCCCCCUUGAGAUCUUGGAGCGGACGUUGGAGCCGGACAGCUCUGACGAGGAGCCCCCGCCGGUCUACUCUCCGCCCUCCUAUGACAUGCACAUCUACGACAGGAAGUACCCAGAUCAGGUCCUGCCCACAGCAUCACCACCACCCAGCUUUGAUGCCAGUCAAUCCCGUCCCUGCCAGCCCCCUCCUGGUCCACACCCUCCUGCCAGUCAAAGGCAGAUUGGAAGUUACAGGAACUGGAACCCACCGUUACUAGGCAACCUCCCUGAUGAUUUCCUCCGGAUCCUGCCUCAGCAGCUGGAUCGUCUGCCACGCUCUCACAGCAGCCUAACGCCGACUAGUCUGACCCAGCCCUCCUGCUCUUCCUCCCUGUUGUCCAUGACGCAGCAGGUUGAGCCUGGGGCUGGGGCGGCGGCCAGGGCAGGCCAGGUUGGCAUGGAGACGGACCAGGAGAGAAAGCUGAAGCAGUACUUGGAGGAUGAGCGCAUAGCCCUCUUCCUGCAGAACGAGGAGUUUAUGAGGGAGCUGCAGCGCAACCGCGAGUUCCUCAUCGCCCUUGAGAGAGAUCGGCUGCAGUAUGAGUCAAAGGCAUCCAAGUACCAUCAUUCACCAGCUUUCAUGGGGACGUCCACUCCAGGAGAUAAUUGUGCCUCAGGCUCUGGGGAGGCCUGCACCAAUGUUACAGAUGACGCCUUGUUCCGUGACAAACUCAAGCACAUGGGCAAAUCUACGCGAAAGAAGCUUUUUGAAAUCGCUAGAGCUUUCUCUGAAAACACCCGAAGAAGAAAAACAAAAAGGAGGGCCCUCAUGAAACAUCAUUCACUGGGUAAUGCUGCCUCCACUGCCAACCUCUUGGAAGAUGAAGAAGCUGGACACCUGAGUGAGGAGGACAGCAUGCUCAAGAGACCAGGCCCUCAGGAAGAGCAGGUGCCCCAACAGGAAGUGUUAUCAUGAGUUGUCAUAUAGUUUUGUCUGUGACAAUGGAAGAACAAUAUGGCUCACACUACCCUCUUCUUGACCUGAACCAGCCUGUCCCAAGUCCCUUGGAAUAUUACUACUUUCAGAUGAAAUUUCCCAGUUAUGAAGUCGUAAGUCCUGUUUUAGAAGUGAGAGCAAUGCUUCCUACCAAUGAGAUGUCAUCUAGCACGAUGAGCUAGCUAACAUUGCUAAUGAUAAAGUUAGCUAGCUUGCUUAACUUUGACAAUAUGGUAAACUAGCUAUUAUCCACAUUGAUAAGUUUGACAGCGUCAAACAUUAAUUUGCUUUAUCAUUUUAUGGUUGAUGAAAGGUCAGUGAUGAAACGUCACAACUCUUAAAUUGGUUAUCUUCUCUGACUUUCACUCUUGGAAUUCCACCAUGGGAGGGUUGUUCAAGUGCUUAUUUCCCAGUCAGAACAUCAUAUUUCCCACUUGAGUAGCAUUUGAAGGCAGCAUAUUGCUCUUUUGAUUUCAUGUUUCAGAAAUCAAACUAGCUAGUUAGGCACUUUUUAAAAUAUUUAAGUUAUGUCAAAUGUAUUGUUAUUGAUGGUGAAUAUUUAAAAAAUGUUAGAUUUAAAAUAUUGAAAUUAUUCCUGAUAAUUGCUGGGUGAUACAGUAAAGGCACAGUGAAAGCUGGAGUUGUAAUUCUGAUAGGACUCAGGACCCUAGUGCAUUUUACUCUCAUAUGAAUGGAUUUGAACAUGUCUAGCUCCGGAACAUUCAAACAGUCCAUUUCUGGCCCCAUGUGAGUUUCUCUGUGUGCAACAGUGAAUGUUCUAGUUUAUGCUUCCCCCAAUGCAAUUAUAUUCUCCCAAUCUGAGACUAUACUCUCUACCAAGUUGUCUGCCUUAAGGUUCAACAACAAGGUCCAGAUAGGAACAUUUCCCCCAUUGAUCUAAUGGUACAGUUGAAGUCGAAAGUUUACAUACAUUUAGGUUGGAGUCAUUUAAAACUCAUUUUUCAACCACUCAACAAAUUUUUUGUUAACACAUUAUAGUAUUGGCAAGUGGGUUAGGACAUCUGCUUUGUGCAUGACACAAGUAAUUUUUCCAACAAUUGUUUACAGAGAGAUUAUUUCACUUAUAAUUCACUGUAUCACAAUUCCAGUGGGUCAGAAGGUAACAUACACUAAGUUGACUGUGCAUUUAAACAGCUUGGAAAAUUCCAGAAAAUUAGUUCAUGGCUUUAGAAGCUUCUGAUAGGCUAAUUGACAUCAUUUGAGUCCAUUGGAGGUGUGGAUGUAUUUCAAGGCCUACCUUCAAACCCAGUGCCUCUUUGCUUGACAUCAGGUGUAAAUCAAAAGAAAUCAGCCAAGAUAUAUGUGGAUAUAUUGAAGCAACAUCUCAAGACAUCAGUCAGGAAGUUAAAGCUUGGUCGCAAAUGGGUCUUCCAAAUGGACAGUCACCCUCAGCAUACUUCCAAAGUUAUGGCUGAAGGACAAAGUGAAGGUAUUGGAGUGGCCAUCACAAAGCCCUGACCUCAAUCCUAAAGAGGAUAUGUGGGCAGAACUGAAAAAGUGUGUGCGAGCAAGGAGACCUCCAAACCUGACUCAGUUACACCAGCUCUGUCAGAAGGAAUGGGCCAAAAUUCACCCAAGUUAUUGUGGGAAGCUUGUGGAAGGCUAACUGAAAAGUUUGACCCAAGUUCAACGAUUGAAAGGCAAUGCUACCAAAUACUAAUUGAGUGUAUGUCAACUUCUGACCCAUUGGGAAUGUGAUGAAAUAAAUAAAAGCUGAAAUAAAUCAUUCUCUACUAUUAUUCUGACAUUUCAUGUUCUUAAAAUAAAGUGGUGAUCCUAACUGACUUAAGACAGGGAAUGUUUACGAGGAUUAAAUGUCAGGAUUUGUGAAAAACUGAGUUUAAAUGUAUUUGUCUAAGGUGUAUGUAAACUUCCAACUUUAACUGUAUAUUCCCAGAGUGUAACGGUUUUCUAGGUGUGGUGAAGGAGAGUCGGACCAAAACGCAGCGUGUAGAUCACGAUCCAUGGUUAAUCAACAAACGUAAACAUGAAUUAACACAAACACUACAAAACGUAACGAAAACCGAAACAGCCUAUACUUGUCAACUAACACAGUGACAGGAACAAAGUCACUAAGGACAAUCACCCACGACAAACUCAAAGAAUAUGGCUGCCUAAAUAUGGUUCCCAAUCAGAGACAACGAUAAACACCUGCCUCUGAUUGAGAACCACUCCAGACAGCCAUAGACUUUGCUCGAUCACCCCACUAGCUACAAUCCCAAUAUAUACACACCAAAACCCCAAGACAAAACACACCACAAUACAAAAACCCCAUGCCACACCCUGGCCUGACCCAAUACAUAAAGAUAAACACAAAAUACUUCGACCAGGGCAUGACACAGAGAUGACUAAUGUAGGGGAAUACUGUUUCCAGUGUAACCAGCGAGCCCUGGUUUGAAUCUGAAUCUGGACCUUCAGUGUAACAGUAUCCAUGGGUUUUCACCUUUAGCAUGCCUAUGCCUAUUUAGUAAGUUUAUAAAAUAAUUAAUUUACUGUUUCUCAUGUACAUUAUUAGAAACACUAUGAAGUUCCUUCUUCUGUUUGUGGCCCCUACAUCUUUUUUGCUUACAGUAGAGCAGUUAGUCCUUCAAUUGUGAGUUGAGGCUUAACUGUCACAGUUAACUCUACUUGCAAUUUUCAUAUUCUACCAUUUUCAUUCUUAAUGAAUUGUCUUUUUCAACCACGUGUUCUUGCUGGUGAAUAUCACUGCUAUGUCUCUCAGAGUAUACCUCUUUGCACCUCAGAACUUUUACUCAAGUAGUAUGUUUUUGUUAUUUAAAGAAGAAGAAAUGAUGUCUAUUAUUUGAAGAUAACAGUUUUACUCCUGUGUUGCUUGUAGCUACUUAGGAAAGGAAGCUCGAGACUAUCACACUGAUCCAAUGGCUUUAUGUGAUCCUACUGUAAAUGAGACCAGUAAGACUUGAUAGAAGUUUUUAUAUUAUGUCUUCCAUAUUAUUUUUUGGACAAUACCAGUACUUCCUGAUAUUGCUCAAGCUGGUUUAGACUUGUAUUUAUAAAGUGCAUUUAGAAAUUAGUCAGACCCCUUGACUUUUUUCCACAUUGUUACGUUGUAGCCAAAAGAUCUAAAAUUGAUCAAAUUGUUUUUUUCACCUCAUCAAUCUACACACAAUAACCCAUAAUGACAAAGCAAAAACAGUUAUUUACAAAAUGUUCCCGCAAAAUUAUACAAAAUUAAAAAUGGAAAUAUGACAAGUAUUCAGACCCUUUACUCAGUACUUGAAGCACAUUUUGCAGCGUUAACAGCCUCGAGUUUUCUUGGGUAUGACGCUACGAGCUUGACACACCUGUAUUUGGGGAGUUUCUCCCAUUUUUCUCUGCAGAUCCGCUCAAGCUCUGUCAGUUUGGAUGGGGAGUGUCACUGCACAGCUUUUUUUCAGGUCUCUCCAGAGAUGUUCGAUAGUUUUCAAGCCUGGGCUCUGGCUGGGCCACACAAGGACAUUCAGAGAUUUGUCCCGAAUCCACUCCUGCAUUGUCUUUGCUGUGUGCUUAGGGUCAUUGUCCUGUUGGAAGGUGAACCUUUUCCCCCAGUCUGAGGUCCUGAGCACUCUGGAGCAGGUUUUCAUCAAGGAUCUCUCUGUACUUUGCUCCGUUCUUCUUUCCCUCGACCCUGACUGGUCUCCCAGUCCCUGCCUCUGAAAACGUCUCCACAGCAUGAUGCUGCCACCACCAUGCUUCACCGUAGGGAUGUUGCCAGGUUUCCUCCAGACGUGAUGCUUGGCAUUCAGGCCAGAGUUCAAUCUUGGUUUCAUCAGACCAGAAAAUCUUGUUUCUCAUGGUCUGAGAGUCCUUUAGGUGCCUUUUGGCAAACUCCAAGUUGGCUGUCAUGCAGUUGUGGAAAAAGUACCCGACUCUCAUACUUGAGUAAAAGUAAAGAUACCGUAAUAGAAUAUGACUCAAGUAUAAGUCAGUCAUCCAGUAAAAUUCUACUUGAGUAAAGGUCUGAAAGUAUUUGGUUUAAAAUAUACUUACAGUGGGGCAAAAAAGUAUUUAGUCAGCCACCAAUUGUGCAAGUUCUCCCACUUGAAAAGAUGAGAGGCCUGUAAUUUUCAUCAUAGGUACACUUCAACUAUGACAGACAAAAUGAGGGGGGAAAAAUUCAGAAAAUCACAUUGUAGGAUUUUUAAUGAAUUUACUUGCAAAUUAUGGUGGAAAAUAAGUAUUUGGUCAAUAACAAAAGUUUAUCUCAAUACUUUGUUAUAUACCCUUUGUUGGCAAUGACAGAGGUCAAACGUUUUCUGUAAGUAUUCACAAGGUUUUCACACACUGUUGCUGGUAUUUUGGCCCAUUCCUCCAUGCAGAUCUCCUCUAGAGCAGUGAUGUUUUGGGGCUGUCGCUGGGCAACACGGACUUUCAACUCCCUCCAAAGAUUUUCUAUGGGGUUGAGAUCUGGAGACUGGCUAGGCCACUCCAGGACCUUGAAAUGCUUCUUACGAAGCCACUCCUUCGUUGCCCAGGCGGUGUGUUUGGGAUCAUUGUCAUGCUGAAAGACCCAGCCACGUUUCAUCUUCAAUGCCCUUGCUGAUGGAAGGAGGUUUUCACUCAAAAUCUCAAGAUAUCUCCCCAUUCAUUCUUUCCUUUACACGGAUCAGACGUCCUGGUCCCUUUGCAGAAAAACAGUCCCAGAGCAUGAUGUUUCCACCCCCAUGCUUCACAGUAGGUAUGGUGUUCUUUGGAUGCAACUCAGCAUUGUUUGUCCUCCAAACACGACGAGUUGAGGUUUUACCAAAAAGUUAUAUUUUGGUUUCAUCUGACCAUAUGACAUUCUCCCAAUCUUCUUCUGGAUCAUCCAAAUGCUCUCUAGCGAACUUCAUACGGGCCGGGACAUGUACUGGCUUAAGCAGGGGGAUACGUCUGGCACUGCAGGAUUUGAGUCCCUGGCGGCGUAGUGUGUUACUGAUGGUAGGCUUUGUUACUUUAGUCCCAGCUCUCUGCAGGUCAUUCACUAGGUCCCCCCGUUCUGGGAUUUUUGCUCACUGUUCUUGUAAUCAUUUUGACCCCACGGGAUGAGAUCUUGCGUGGAGCCCCAGAUCGAGGGAGAUUAUCAGUGGUCUUGUAUGUCUUCCAUUUCCUAAUAAUUGCUCCCACAGUUGAUUUCUUCAAACCAAGCUGCUUACCUAUUGCCGAUUCAGUCUUCCCAGCCUGGUGCAGGUCUACAAUUUUGUUUCUGGUGUCCUUUGACAGCUCUUUGGUCUUGGCCAUAGUGGAGUUUGGAGUGUGACUGUUUGAGGUUGUGGACAGGUGUCUUUUAUACUGAUAACAAGUUCAAACAGGUGCCAUUAAUACAGGUAACGAGUGGAGGACAGAAUAGCCUCUUAAAGAAGAAGUUACAGGUCUGUGAGAGCCAGAAAUCUUGCUUGUUUGUCGGUGACCAAAUACUUAUUCUCCACCAUAAUUUGCAAAUAAAUUCAUUAAAAAUCCUGUCUAUCAUAGUUGAAGUGUACCUAUGUUGAAAAUUACAUGCCUCAUCUUUUUAAGUGGGAGAACUUGCACAAUUGGUGGCUGAUUAAAUACUUUUUUGCCCCACUGUAAGUAAUCAAAAGAACAAGUAUAAAUAAUUAUUUAUAUUAAGCAAACCAGAUGGCACCAUUUUCUUGGAUGGAAUAUGAAAUUACAUUCUUCCAAUAUGCUGUGAUAGGUCCCAUGUUGCUCAGUUGGUGGAGCAUGAUAGUUAGUCUUGUCCCAUCGCUGCAACUCUCGUAUGGACUCUGGAGUGGCGAAGGUCGAGAGCCAUGCGUCCUCCGAAACACGACCCCGCCAAGCCGCUGAUUCUUGACAUACUGCUUGCUUAAUCCGUAAGCCAGCCGUACCAAUGUGUCUGAGGAAACACUGUACAACUGGCGACUGAAGUCAGCUUGCAUGCUCCCAUAAAGGCCUGAUUGGUGGAGUGCUGCAGAGAUGGUGGUCCUUCUGGAAGGUUCUCCCAUCUUCACAGAGGAACUCUGGAGCUCUGUCAGUGUCCAUCGGGUUCUUGGUUACCUCCCUGACCAAGGCCCUUCUCCCGCGAUUGCUCAGUUUAGCCGGGCGGCUAGCUCUAGUAAGAGUCUUGGUGGUUCCAAACUUCUUCCAUUUAAGAAUAAUGGAGGCCACUGGGUUCUUAGGGAUCUUCGAUGCUGCGUACAUUUUUUUUGUGUCCUUCCCCAGAUCUGUGCCUCGACACAAUCCUGCAUCUGGGCUCUACGGACAAUUCCUUCAACCUCAUGGCUUGGUUUUUGCACUGACAUACACUGUCAAUUGUGGGCAUUAUAUAGACAGGUGUGUACCUUUGCAAAUCAUGUUCAAUCAAUUGAAUUUACCACAGGUGGACUCAGUCAAGUUGAACAGACAUCUGAAGGAUGAUCAAUGGAAACAGGAUGCACCAGAGCUCAAUUUCAAAUCUCAUAGCAAAGGGUCUGAAUACUUAUAUAAAUAAGGUAUUUCUUUGUUUUUUUUAAAUAUAUAUAUAUAAAUUAACAAACAUAAAAAUAACAAUUUUUGCUUUAUCAUUAUGGGGUAUUGUGUGUAGAUUGAGUUUUUGUAUUUAAUCACUUUUAGAAUAAGGAUGUAACAUAAGAAAUUCUGGAAAAAGUGAAGGGGUCUGAAUACUUUCUGAAUGCACUGUAUGUAGCUAGAUAUGUAUAAAUUGAAAUGGUUUAAACGACUUAUGAUCUUGGGGAUGUCACUACCAUAAACUAUGUAGAUAUGCCGUAGGUAGCAAGAAAAUAAUCGAUGCUCAGGGAAUCUUACUCAGCCGCAAUUUUCUUGUUGUGUUUCACCCUCUUCUCUGCUAUUUACCCCAACUGAUUAAACACAGCUGAAAAUAUUCUGAUAUGUUCUGAUAUUAUAUGUGUUCCAUAGCCUAGUAUGGUAUAGUCCUUGUGGGUGGAUUUUCUUUGGACCAAUUUAUAAUUGGUUUUGUUAUUGCAUUCUCUAGCUAUACAAGAGAGAAAAGAUACAACUCUGUUGGCCUUUUCUGGAAUACAAUUCGAUACAAAUGGCAAGACUUUUCAAUAUCAGUCCUACCCUAAAGAAAAUACUGUUUUAGCAAAUGCAAUUUAGAUGACAAUGUCUUCUUAUCAGACCACAAACCUAAUUAUCACGAUGUCUAGCUGUAGCUUCCCUCUACUUUAACAAAGGUGAACUAGAGGAUUACGUGUUCUCAUGUAAGCCAGGAUUUCAUUUCAGUCUGAGCAUUUUUUUUGGGGGGGGGGUUGCGUGAUUGUUUAAUUAUUCUAUUGUCCUGUGUGUUGGUCAGGGGGCACCUGCGACUUGGCAUAAUGAUAUUUUCUUCCAUGUUACCGUAGCUCCCUCCAAAGGAUUGUGUGUUACAUGAAUGUACAGUAUAGAGCCAAUGUUGAUUAAAACAUGAACCAUUUAGAGUGCACGUCUUUGGGCUUGUUAUCCUGAAUGACUCACCAUCAACCCAAUCAGAAGACAAAAUGUAUUUAAUGCUAAUUUGUGAUUCUUAUUGUACGCAUUAUACUGUAUUCCUCUAUUUUCCUAUUUGAAAAAGCAUAUAUGCUGGAAACUUAUCAGCCAAUUACAUUACAAUUCAUGUUAUCAAAUGCAGGUUGAAGAAAAAUGGAUGUUAAUGCUUUUUAUGACUUGUACAAUUGAUUUGUAUCUGUGAGAGACAUGCUGGUGUAGAUCUAGAGAAAUUAUCUAAUCUAGCAUAGUAUAAUCUCUACUUCUCAACCUAAUUCAAAAAUAGGAAAAUAUACACUUCUGUCUUUUGCAUUUUCAAGAUAACUUUCAUAAACAAAUAUUUUCUUAUACUGCUUUUGUUUGCUACGUGAAUAAUACAGUUGUGUUAUACCCUG